CUCCCAUCCAGUCAAUAUGGCGGCAUAGUCGUGGGUGUAGCCAGCCUUGUGUCAAAAUUGCGACGAGGUCACGAGACUCGUCUUGAGGUCAUCACCAGGUCACGAGACGCAUCUUGAGGUCAUCAGCAGGUCACGAGACGCAUCUUGAGGUCAUCAGCAGGUCACGAGACGCUUCUUGAGGUCAUCAUCAGGUCACGAGACGCUUCUUGAGGUCAUCAGCAGGUCACGAGACGCAUCUUGAGGUCAUCAGCAGGUCACGAGACGCUUCUUGAGGUCAUCACAAGGACCCACAUCUCAUUUUGACGUCAGCACCAACCAGGGCACAAAACUUAUCAUGAAGUCCUUCACCAGGACACAAGACCCAUAAGAUCAUCACCAUAAUAUAGUCUCCAACACAACAUCGUCAGUAAGACCGUCAACACAAAGUAUUUCAAGCCGCCAGAGGCGCCGGUAAGAAUGCAUGGGCGCGGUGCAUGGUGGAAAACAACUCUAUUGGUUGCAACUUUUCAGUGGGUGGCUUGUGUAAGGUAUGCAACGGCCACCUGUGAGCUCCACAACGCCCACGCCUGCCCGACGUUCAGGCAAGAAGAUUCGGAGCGAUAUGAUAAAGCAUACGUGAAGCUGUGCGAGGGUGCCAUCGAUGCUCCCUCGCCUCUAGUGUCCGGAGCAGAAACAGAAUGGGAUCAAAUAAAGGUGAAUAUUAAUUGUGGCGAUGAGGAGGGAGUUAUGGAGAAGCAGGAGUACCUGAGUAACACAACCUUCCUCAGGGCUCAUAAUAAUGUGGUGGAACUAGAAACACGAGACGACGUAACAAGGGAUUACUGUAUUGAUGUAUUACUCGGAAAGAGUCCAGGGGCUCAUCAACAACCCUCACGGAAGGACCCUAGAGAAAAAGGAAAAGAUUUAAGUACAGAGUUUGGACGAGGAGGAGUUGCCACAGCUGGUAAUGAAACACAAGAGCUCCCAAGCCUAGGUACACAACAUACAGAGCCACACCCCCAGUAUAUUGCACACUUUUGCAAGAUAGACCCACUUGUUCAGAGGUACCGAGACCGACAGGUUUGUGCUCGCAUCACUUGCUUGCGCAAGUGCUGUCCUCCAGGCAAGUUUCUCCGCUCAGGAGAAGAGUCACCCAUGUGCAUCUACAAUGACAACUACACCAAGAGCUGGACAUUGGACGGCUCUACCCACAUCCGUGACCCUGACAGCUUCUCCCAUUUCCACAUAAUCUACAGCAUCCCUACCAACGAACAAUGCUUUAACUUUGAUAAUUUCACAAUUAUAGCAAAUGGUUAUUUGGAGAUGGAAGGUGAUCAAUUUUCUCAGGAAGACUACUGCGUCGAUUAUCAAGAGCAGGAUUCGGGGGAAAUUAAGGAGGUUGUGCACCUGUGCCUAAACCUCGAUGAAUGUGGCUGGAAGUAUCGGAUAUUAAACCCAGUGUUGAUGGGCGUCUCGUGCGUGUUUCUGGCUGCAACAGCAGUUGUGUAUAUUUUCGUCGCCGAACUACGACGUGACAAUAGCAGCCGUUGCAUCGUCGCCAUGGCCCUCACUACCAUCGUCACCUACAUAAUCGUCAUCGUUCACACGUUCACACGCGAAUACAUGGAACAUCACCCUUCCAUUUGCUCAGUUACAGCGUUCCUGAACCUGUCGUCUAUCCUCUCCACGUUCUUCUGGAUCAACGUCUUCUCUUAUGACAUUUGGAAGACGAUAACGUCAGGCCAGAGCGGGUCCGGGAGGAGCUGGAAGGUUUUCUUCAGGUACGAGGUCUACGCCUGGGGCUGCCCGUCCCUGCUGGCGGCCUUGGCGGUCCUCACCGACACCUUCCUCACCGACACCUUCCUCAACGACACCUUCCUCAACGACACUUACUUACGGCCUGGGUUUAACGAUCCCUAUUCAAAUUGCUGGUUCUCUACAAAUGAGUCUCGGUGGAUUUACAAGGACAGCAUCAUCUUGGUCCUGAUGGUGGUCAACUGUGGCUUCUUCCUCCAUGUCGUAUACAGCCUCAACAAGAUGCUCAACAACAGGCAACUCAGAAAUGAAACAAGCCAAAGGACAUGUCCAAUCCCAAAGUGGAAGACCUACUGUAAGCUGUUUAUCGUGAUGGGAGUCGUCUGGGUGUUGGAACUCUUUCCUCCGAAGUUUCUCUGGCACAGCUGUGUCUGGUGGCGCGUGAUGUUCACCGUCCUCACUAGGCUGCAGGGCGUGGCGGUCUUUGUGGUCACUGUCUGUAACAAGGACAAGUGCAGGAAGCUCAAUGGACAAGUCUCUCGCUAUUCAGUGUCCCAGGGAACGCCUUCCUCCUCUUCCAUUAGGUUAAAUUUGAGGAGCAUCAUUGAGAGAACUUCAACCCGCAGGCAGAAUGAGACGAAGACCUCCGCCAUUGACAAUGAAAACUCAAUUGACAAAAUUAAAACCAAGGGGGAAGAAUGAUGCUAGAGAAUUCCCGAAGUAUAGCCUUUGUGGCAGUGAAGGUUUAUAAAGCUACACA